AUGACCAACAAGACGCUCUAUGACGUGAUAAUCGCUGGAGCCGGCCCUGUCGGGCUUUUUCUGGCCUGCGAGCUCGCCCUGGCGCGCACUUCCGUCCUCGUUUUGGAGCGCGACUCCACGCCCGACUCUCCCUGGAAGGCCGACCCGCUGGGCUUUCGCGGCCUCCAGACGCUGUCGGUCGAGUCGCUAUACCGUCGCGGGCUACUGGACAAUAUAACCGACGUUGGGAAGAGGCCCCUUGCGCCCGAGAAAGGGGCCGGCUUCCAGAGCGGCGGCACUUUUGCCGGAAUCAUGCUAGACGCCAGCAGACUUGAUCUCAGCCGCUACAAGUACCGCCUUCCUGGAAAGUCUCUGCUCCCCUGCCCUAUCAUUAUUGGAUCUUUCGAGCAGGCUUUGACGGAGCGUGCCGAGGAGCUGGGAGUCACAAUAUCACGUGGUGGCGGUGUUGCCAGCAUCGUCAGCCAAGACGCAAGCGGUAUCACGGUCGGAACCGAGGGCGGAGAGCACUUCCACGGGAGGUGGCUCGUCGGAUGUGAUGGGGCGCGAAGCGCCGUCCGCAAGGCCGCAGGGAUUGACUCUGUCGGGACCGAGGCUCGAUUCACUGGUUACGCAGCGAAAUGCGACCUGGACCAUCCAGAAAGUCUCAAGCCAGGCUUCCAUCCGACCGACAACGGCAUGUACAUCUUCAGGCCACCAAACAUGAUCUACCUGACGGACUUUGAUGGUGGUGCCUUCGACCGGACGCAGGAGAUCACGAGGGACCAUCUCCAGGCCAUUUUCAGUCGCGUGUCCGGCCGUUCAGACGUAGCAAUCACCAAGGUCCAUCUCGCAUCCGCCUUCACGGACCGAUGCAGGCAGGCAACGACGUAUCGCAAGGGCCGGGUGCUGAUCGCGGGUGACGCUGCGCAUAUCCACGCGCCGCUUGGCGGCCAGGGCCUAAAUCUCGGCCUCGGCGACGCCAUGAAUCUCGGGUGGAAGCUGGGCAUGACGGUGCGACGGGAAGUUCGGAAUGGGGAGGCGGAUCUUGCGCUCCUUGACACGUACGAGGCCGAGCGCUAUCCUAUUGCGACACGGAUGCUGGCCUGGACGCGCACGCAAGUGUUGGCUCUUCAACCCGACGAGCACAGCAGGGCCUUGCGAACGUUCAUCCACGAUGUCAUGGACACUGAAGACGGUGUCCACCUGCUGCUCGAGCGGACUUGGGGGCUCUCGCAGAGGUAUGAGCUCGGCCACAGCCAUCCACUCGUCGGUAGCAGCGCUCCGGACUUGGAGCUCAAGGACGGCUCACGGCUGGGCGACAAGAUGCGCUCCGGCAAAGGCGUCUUGUUCAACCUCGAAGGCAAUGUAGCGCUUAGAGUGCUGAUUGCCAAUGGAGGCCAUGAGGAUGCGGUUGACUGUGUUGAAGUCGGAGCGCAUGAUGCUCGGGGUUUGCGGGCCCUUCUUGUCCGACCUGAUGGCGUCGUCGCGUGGGUUGCUACGGAGGGAAACCAGAUUUGUGUAGAAGGGGCAAAGACUGCUCUUGACCGAUGGUUCCGUGUCUGA